AUGAGUCCUCUGGGGCCGCGGGCGUCGCUCUCGCUGCUGCUGUUGCUGGAAGGCUGCGUCCUCGCGGCCGCUCGGCGCGACAAGGGAGCGGCGGGGCGCGCGGCGACCCCGGCCAGGGGCCCCGCGGGCGGCUCCUCGGGUCGCUUCGUGAGCCCGGAGCAGCACGCGUGUAUCUGGCAGCUCCUGCCGUCAGUCCCGGGGGCCUUGGCGGGCGCGGAGCUGGCGGUGCGCUGCCAGGGCGCGGACGGAGCGCCGCAGCUCUGCGCCUACCGCGGGGAGCCGGAGCGCUGCGCCGCCUACCCUUCCCUCAGCGCGCUCUACUGGAAACAGGUGCUGGGCGCGUUGCGCAGGAAGCGGCGGCCCUGCCUGGACCCCGCACCGCUGCACGCCCGCCUGUGCGCCCGCAGGAAGGGCCCCGGCGCGGAGCUGCGCCUGGCCGCAGUCCCUGGCCCGGCCACGCGCCCCUCCGACCCGCCGCGGCUGAGAGCAGGGAGCCGGAAGCGGCUUCCGCAUCCCCAGCCCUCGCCUUCUCCGAGCGCGCCCAGAGCCAAGAGCAAAGCCGGCGGGAGAAAACCGGCCUCCGAGCCGAGUAGGGAACAACCCAGGACGACCCCGCCCAACCCGGACGGGCUGGACCAGAACGCCGAGCUCACCCAGACCUACUGCGCGGAGAAGUGGCACUCGGUCUGCAACUUCUUUGUCAAUUUCUGGAAUGGCUGAAGUUGCGGGUUUGGCUAGGACUGGGGGCAGGUGCAGGGGGGAGAGGGCAGCGCAGCCAGGGCGGGGAGGCUCCUGGCAUCUUAGACCAGGGGAACCGGGAUGGAGAGUGGACAGGAGUCCAGACUCCAAAAUGGGGCAAGGGUUAGGUGGCCGGGUAGGGAGGAUCUGAGGCAGCAGAGGAGUUACGGAUUUUUGAGGCGUCUCAGUUCUCAUUUAAGAGCAGAAGAAAUAGUGAAAACAGAUAGGCUUACAUUAAGUAUGAAAAAACUGUAGACUAGGGAGCUAGGUGAGAACACGGGGGAAUGAGGUGACUGAAGGGACGGGAAUCUCCCCUAGGAAGUGGUACAAUGGAUAUUAACACCUGUUUAUUAAAAUGU